ACAAAAUGGCGACCGUUGUUGUUUUUCCGCAGGGUCAGUGAAUAACAAGAAAUUCCUUAGCCAAAAUUCUGCGCUCGCUCGCAGAAUCGCCGCAACCAAAAGCCCCAGGCGUCCCAAGGUCGGCUGCGCGUGGACCGAAAUGAAAGGUAAAGAGCGGUCGCCGCUGAAAAAACGCUCCCGGGCCUUGGACGACAUUCGCGAUCGGGGAGGAUGCCACCCGAGCAGCAAGAAAAUGGGCGCGUUGUCCCUAGCCGCCGGGACUAAUAAUAAUGGCAACAAAAGUGACGGCGGCUCGACGAGGAGAAGUCUGCUCGGCGACAAAAGGGACCGGGACUUCGAUGGACACGGCCGGCUCGGUAACAAUCACAGCUGUCAGCCCGGCGCCGUCGGCUCCGCAAGCAAGAACCACAGCAGCCUGAGCCUCUCGCUGGACUUGGUCGCGGCGAGGAGCACUUCCCGCGGAGACCAGCGGCUGCCCGCUCCCGGCGCCGACGGUGAGUACAAAACUCUGAAAAUCAGCGACCUGGGCAGCCAGCUGAGCGACGAGGACGUCGAGGACGGACUCUUUCAUGAAUUCAAGAAAUUCGGCGACGUCAGCGUCAAGCUGAGCCGCAGCAACGACGAGCGGAUCGCCUUCGUCAACUUCAGGAAGCCGGAGGACGCGCGGGCGGCCAAGCACGCCAGGGGCAGGCUGGUGCUCUACGACAGGCCGCUGAAGAUAGAGGCGGUGUACAUUAACCGCAGGAGGAGCCGCUCGCCGGUUGAGAGAGACCUGUAUGGAGCCGCGCCGAGCCACAGACACUUGCAGCGGCCCCUCUCGCCCACCGGCCUGGGAUACAGAGACUAUCGCCUGCAGCAGCUGGCCCUGGGUCGGCUGCCGCCGCCGCCGCCGCCGCCCUUGCCCCUUCCCCGAGACCUGGAGCGGGACCGGGAGUUCGCCCUGUUCGAGGCCCGGGCCCGGCCGGCUUUCAUCGCCGAGCGGGGCGCCUUCCGCGAGGAGGAUUUUAUAUCACCAGAGGACGACCAAAGAGCCAAUCGGACCUUGUUUCUGGGACACCUGGACACAGAGGUCACCGAGGACGACCUGAGGAGAGCCUUCGACAGGUUUGGCGUCAUCACGGAGGUGGACAUCAAAAGGCCCGCACGGGGCCAGACCAGCACGUAUGGCUUUUUGAAAUUUGAGAACCUGGACAUGGCUCACUGUGCUAAACUCAGCAUGUCUGGGAAAAUAGUGGGCUGCAACCCAAUCAAGAUAGGCUACGGAAAAGCCACUCCCACCACACGUCUGUGGGUGGGGGGCCUGGGACACUGGGUGCCCUUGGCUGCCCUCGCCAGAGAAUUUGAUCGCUUUGGCACCAUAAGGACUAUAGACUACAGGAAGGGAGACACCUGGGCCUACAUUCAGUACGAAAGUCUGGAUGCAGCACAGGCGGCAUGCACGCACAUGCGGGGCUUCCCUCUCGGCGGGCCCGAGAGGAGACUCCGAGUGGACUUCGCUGACACGGAGCACCGUUACCAGCAGCAGUUCUUGCAGCCUCUCCCGAUCGCGCCCUUUGACAUUGUGGCCGAGUCGUUUUCCCACCGUGCCGCUCCGGAGCCCCUGAGGGUCCGAGAAAGGACUACCCCGCCGCUUCACUUCAGGGACAGAGAGCUCUUUCCUGGCGCCGAAUGGUCCAAUCCUCCAACUCUCCGAGAGCGCGUGCGAGCCUCCCCCUUCGAGCCCCUCGAACACUUGGAACGUGAGCGGCGGGCACGCGAGCCCUGGUCUUUGGAGCGAGAGCUGCAGGGGCGGGAGCCUUCGCGCAAGCGCAGGCUCUUGGAGGACGGGCGCCACCUCGACCACUCGCCCGACAUCUCUGACAGGACAGUAAGGCGUCGGCGCGCCUCUCCGGACGCUAGCCCCGGAGGCAGCAGCAGAGACGGGGGGCGAUUCAGCGACCCGGAGCGCCCACCGCGGGGCGACAGACCUUCCCCCACACGAGAGCGCCGCUGCAGCCUGGAGCGAGCCGGGGCGGAGCGGCGACUCAAGGGCCUUUCUGACAAGGGUCUGUCGAACAGCAACAUUUCACUGACCGGAGAGCGAAAACGUAAAGCCGGCGACGGUGGCAAAGGGCCGACAAAGAGAGAACGCUCAGAGGGUUCGUUCAGAAGCACGCAGCCGUCCAAAUCGAACGGCGCCAGGCUGACUCUGGCCUGGCAGGGAAUGCUGCUGCUGAAGAACAGCAACUUCCCGGCCAACAUGCACCUGCUGCAGGGCGACCACGGCGUUGCCAGCGAGCUGCUCGCGGACGGGACCACCGGCAAGCAGGUGUGCCAGCUCAAGAUCACCCAGCGCCUCCGCCUGGACCAGCCCAAGCUCGAAGAGGUCUCCCGACGCAUCAAGGCGGCGGGCCCCGGGGGCUACGCCGUCCUCAUGGCGGUUCCCGGCACCGCCGAGGACUCGUCGUCCGACCCGGCCGUCUCCACCCAGCGGCCGCUCCGCAACCUGGUGUCCUACCUCAACCAAAAGCAGGCAGCGGGCGUCAUCGGCCUGCCCGUGGGUGGGAGCCGUGAUAAGGACACCACGGGGGUCCUCCACGCUUUCCCUCCCUGUGAUUUCUCCCAGCAGUUCUUGGAUUCCUCUGCCAAAGCACUGGCCAAAAGCGAAGAGGACUAUCUGGUCAUGAUUGUGGUGCGAGGUGCAUCUUAAAACAAACAGCUAAUGAGUCAGCGUGUUUUUAAAAAAAAAAAAAAAAAAAAAAAAAAAACAACUGCUGUAUUUCAGUAACCAUUGCAUGCUGUGUGUUUUGCAUUUUGGGCUACACUAGAAUGGUUCUUGGAUCUUGUACAGUAUGUUGCCAUGUUACCCACUAUUACCACAGGCGGAUCCUUUCACCCGCUGCAAACAAAAAGGGUGCAUGAUUUUUGAAAUUCGCUGAGGUAGUAGGAACACAUAAAAUUCUAAAUGUUCAUUUGGGAUACUUUAAACGAAUACAUACAUGUUUCUGAGGAGGAGAAGCAAAUUGGAGCCCUACAGGAAGUAGACACAAUAACAUCUCUAAAACAACAACUGUGACGUGUAGAAAACUAGAUAAAUUAUUCCCAAUGAACCAAGUGUUAACUGGACAGUGUUACUUGAUCCUUGCCAAUGUUAUUGUGUCUACUGCUACACACAAAAGGGACAUGUCAUUCUAUUUCCUGUAUGAAAGAUGAAUGGAUGCAAAAGUGUGCACAUACUCUACUUUUUAAGUAAAACAAAACAAAAAACACAGGAAUUCGGUACAAUAAUUCAACAAAGUAAUUCAUGUCACACUGCUUCUCUCCGCAGUGCCACCAUUCUUUUUUUUGUCUAUCCGAGAAUCAUAGUGUAAUGACAUACGGUGGUUGACAGGUGGCGCACUGGGUUAGAGUUGUGACAUGUUUGAACUUCCGGUACUUUUUCAUGUUCGAGAAUUGACAAGCAUUCUUUUGUGUGCAAUCUGUAUGUUAGACCGCAGUGCUGCCAGAGGGUCACAAGCAUUAUGAGCACUAGGAUGCCACGUUUAUGGAAAAGUCUGCUUUUACCAAGACGGUAAUGAUGACAGGAGUCCUUGAUUUAAUCUUGAUUUACAUGUAAAUUGAAAUCCGCUGUACUCUUAACACCAGCCUAAGAUAAAGGAGUAGUGAACUCAUAAUUACAGUGUACGUUAGUUAUUACAGCAUGGCAACUUAUUCUUAAGACACUGCACAAUCUUGUUUGCAAGCUCCAAAUACUGAAUGUAUUGUAAUUAAAUUACAAUAUUAUGCAUUUUAGCGUAACGGAGAUAGAGUGAAACCAUGAACAGUGAUUUGGUUUUUAAAUCUGGUACAGCUCAGAAUCAGAAUCCUCUUUAUUGCCAAGUAUGUCAAAAACAAACAAGGAAUUUGUCGCCGGUAGUUGGAGACGCUCUAGUAUGAAAAUAGAAAGCUAUUUUGAUUUUAAAUACUUUGAGACAUAAAAACACACUACGCAGAGUCACUUAGUCACUGCAAAACUAUCAGUUUCUCUGAUUUAUUGGUAUAUGUUUGAUUAAAAUUUACAUUUUAUAAAUUAUUGAUAACAUAACUCCCAAAUACAAAUAUUUUAAUAUAGAGCGUUUAUUUGCAGAAAAUACAACAAAAUGCUCAAAGCACAAAAAAAAGCUUCCUUUUUUUUUUUUGUCUCUUUAAUUUUUCCCAGAGCUGUAUAUAAAAUAUUAUGAUUUUAACAUUGAGGCUCGCAUAUGUUCAUAUUUUGUGAAUGAUUACGUGUGCCUAAAUUUAAGGUUUCACUUAAAUUUGGCUUCCUUAAUCCUCCUGCUAUAUUAGUUUCUCAGGAAAAGCAAAAAUAUAUUCGGGGAAUGUUUAAUUUCAAAAAUGUGUCAGAAACGAAAAAUGCAUUGUUUAUAUCAUUACUAUAUUAUUCAAUCAGUAUUUAGUGGUUGAGGAACCAUAAUUCACACCUUUUUUUAAUGUAAAAAAAAGCAUUCUUUAAAAUGGGUCAGUUUGACCCUAGAGGUGAUAGGAGGGUUAAACCUGCAAACAGUUGGAUGAAUACCUUUCGGCUGGCGUCGAAGACAAGUGAGCGUUUAUUAUUGUUGUCUUGGUGAAGGCAGACGAGCUGUUAUGACAGGUGUGAGUGCUCAUCAUAUUUGUACUUUCUCAGUAACAAAGACUAAUUUGUUUUUACUCCAUGCUUUAGUUGGUUAUUUUUGUUUUGUUUCAUAGGACUUGUUGUGUAAUCUAAGGGGUGGGGGAAAAAGAACGAGAUGUGGAUCUAAAAAAAAAUGUUUUGUGUUGACAUUUUGACUGAACUCACAAAAGGGUCCUUAAAAGAAUCAGUAAGUAGGGCUGUGUCAUUUUAUUUCAACAUUUGAAUGCACAUGCUUUUUACAAAGCAUGACACUGAGGCCUACUUACUGAACCGCUUUGUACAGUGGCUAUCAGAAUUCUACACACCCCAAUUCAAAUGCCAGGCUUUUGUGUUGUAUAAAAAAAUGAGCCCAAUAUGAGUCUUUUCCCACCAUUAGUGUGACCUAUAACCUGUACAACUCAAUUGAAUAUUUUCUUUCAAUCGUUUUGAGAGGGGAAGUAAAAAAUGUGGUUGCACACGUGCACACCCCUUCUAAGUGCAAGUUGGCUCACAAUAAACCCAUCGCAUUGAAACUCAUGUCACAUGGGAGUAAGCACACACCUGCCACCAUUUAAAGUGCUUCUAAGUAAGGGCAAAUUAUUUUCAGAUGUUCUAGUAGGCUUUUCCUGACAUUUCUUUUUCGUCAGAACACAUUUCCCCACGUUUAGGGGAUUUUGUUAUGGUCCAAUGUAAUCAAGGUUGGACCUUUCUGCCAUAAUUCCAAAAGGUAUGUGUGGUGCAAACACAAUACUGUUCAUCAAAAGAACAGUAUACCUGCAGUGAAGCAUGGUGGUGACAGCAUCAUGAAGAGGGUCUGCUUUUCUUCAGCUGGACCUGGGGUCAUAGUGAAGGUGGAAGAAAUUAUGAAUAGUCUGAAAUAGCACUCAGUGUUAUCACAAAACCUUCAGGCUUAUGCUAGAAAGCACACAAAAUGUCAGGAAAAGCCUACCAUAACAUCUGAACUUUAUUUGGGGUCAAUCAGAGGCACUUUAAAUGGUGUCAGGUGUGUGCAGACUCCCAUUUAACAAGAAUUUAAUGUGAUUGGAGUGAUGUACAGAAAAUGGAUGGAUGGAUAUAUUUGUUGGUGUAGAAAUGUUGGAAUUUUCUCGUCUUUUUUUUUUAACAUCCCAAAAACCUGGCAUUUCAACAGUGUGUGCCGACUUUUUGUAUCCACUGUAUGUGUGGAAUCAUGACUGCUCUGAAAUGUAUUGACGCACGAGGACUACGAUGACGACCACGUGCUUAACUUGUGUAGCCCCCGGCCGGCCUCCACAGUGCUGCAUCGUGUGCUGACUUCCUGUGUAACGUUCGUACGUGCCGAUGUCAAGGGGGGAAGAAGGAGAGCGAGCUGUUGACGUACCCGCAAAAAGUGCAUCAAUAAAUUGUUCAUUUGAAGGAGAAAGCUUCCAAGUUUCUUGGAUGGAAGUGAAUUGAGGAAAACCAGGAAAAGGUUGUGUUUCCCGGGAAGUUGAAGUGAAAGAAAGAGAGCGCGAGAGAGAGAAAAGGGGAGACCACUGGCUGGUUUGCAUAGAGUUUGCACAAUGUAAAUUACUUCCAGCGAGCACGGAGGAGCCGCAAAGGCGUCGGGCAGGAGUCCACUCCAAGCGCUCCACUCGGUCCCGCAUGUCAAGUUGCCAUAGCGACCCCCGAGGCCUGGCUGUGUCAUGGCUGCUUUGUGUUAUUUUGCUGGGGGAUGAUGAUGUUCCGCCGUGGGAAUAUUGUUUGCAACAUCAACUCCAUCCCCUUUUCAUCAUCUGCUGCUUUUUCUGACUCCACCGCAAGGAAUCCACACUGAGGAUCCCUCCAGACACACACACCCACCACUUCACCCGUCUUAGCCGUGUUAGUGUGUAAAGAAGGAGCCCCCCUGGAGGAGCUUAACACCGUACGUCCGCGUCCCCCUCUCGGCAGCCGGGUGAGUACGAAGGAGGAGGACAACGUUGCCCUGCUGGAUCUGUAUCGCUAGCUCAGGCAGCAGAGGUAAGUAAGGAAAUGCAAUGGUUGUCAUGGUAACACAUCCCAUGGCACAUGCGCAAUCUCAUGAGUUCUAGUGAUAAGGCCUUAAAACGAUGAUAAUGCUCACCUCUGAAUGGUGACCUGCCAUUACAAAGGUUCAACAUUUUCACAAGUAUUCAGAAAAGAGUGUUUUGCAACAUUUAUUGAGCAGGGCACAUACAAUCAAUAAUCAGUCAGGCAUAGAGAUAGACGAGAGAUACAUCAAAAUACAAGAAAAUGUAUACUGUGCAUAUUCGUUAAAAAGCGUCAUAUUAGUGACAGUGAUACCAAUGACCAGAUCUGGGAGUGGUAUGUAGUACUUCCCCACUUAUGUUUAACAAAUUCCAAAUGAUUUCAUAGUUUGAGGCAUUCAUCCAGGAGAUAGAUUUGUACAUUAGAUUUCUGAGUAAAACCUUACAGCUUCGUUAUAGGCUACUUUCAGUUUCUCUUGGCUCGUUUCACUAUAAUUUGAAUAGAGUGGAGUGCAGAAAGCGAUUAUUUUGCUGCAUGAAUAGCAACAGGGAAUACACAAGUUAAUUGUACCUUCUGCCAUCUCGCAACCACAUCUAAGUUUUUGAAAGAUACAUUAUUUGUAGUAAAUAAUUUGCGGACCUAUUUAAGAGGUUGGAAAACACUCUGAACAAAAUGUUCAUGUAUGUGCUUGUCAGUAAUAUUUAAAUGAAAUGUCAGUUUCUUAUUGGGAGUAACCCUUUGAAGGGCUCCUACAGAUAAUGUUCACAAUAGACAAAUAAGAUGACAAAGCAACAAUGGACAACAGCAAAACCAGAACAAAAAGUAACAACAAAAGAUACCAAUCAAACAAAAAGGUUAUAUUAAGUAAUGUAUAGUCAUAAUGUUAAUGCAAGUGUCACUAGAUCAAAUUUGUUCUGGAUUUGUUCCAGAGUUGUAUACUGAAUAUAAACACUGUAAGAUGAAUAGACCCUUUUGCUCAUUUCGUGCACUUCUGCUACUCGGGCCUGCGGGGUCCACAAUAGAACCUAAAAGCAUGACAUCAUCAAAAUCUCCACACGCCACUGGAAACGAGACAACCAAAGCAAUUGGAGUCGGAGUGAGCCUGACAGACUUGAUACAACUGUUGCCAGUUCAAGAAGUGCAGGGCUGCGCUGUAUUUAGGGUCUGUCUACACACUGACAUCAUGUGUAUGGCAAGCGUGAGAAAACUAUAGCCUGCAGGCCACAUAUCCAUUAUGAGCUGCGUCAGAAAGGUUUUAGGACUGUUGUCAUAAAAGAUGUAUUCCAAAUCCAAGCUACAAGUUUUGCCCUUCAAAGUAAUCCCCCCUCAGUCUUAACGCACUUUCCCAGCCUUCUGUGCUGCGCCUUCAUGGACUGGAAGGAUUCUUCCUGGAUCCUCUGCAGCUUCGUUUUCACGGCUAUCUUGACAUCUUCAAAACGGCCCCCUUGGUGACUCCCUUGAGCUUGGGAAAGAGGGGAAAAAACAUCCCAUGGAGCCAAGUCGGGUGAGUCGGGAGGUUGCUCCCGGACAGCGAUGUUCUUGUCAGGCAGGAAGUGUCAGGUGCUCAAUGUAUUGUCAUAGUGAAGCAGCCACGAGUCGUCCUUCCACAGCUCUCACUUCUUCUUCUGAUUGAAGGAAACGUUGCAAGAUCUCUUAUAGACUUGAUGGUUGAUAGUCUAACCCACAUGAAAGGGGAAAACUCACAGUUGGGGUUUGAAGCAUCUCUUGUGUUGCAACAGUCCUGGAACCUUUCUGACACAACUCCUAUUUAAACUUAUUUUCGUUUUUCGGUUGUUGUUUUUUUU